AUGGAGGACUCCGAGCGCCCCCGCAAGCGAUUCAGACACGAGACGUACGCACAGAGCGUGCAGGAUGUGCACGCACCGCGACCCACGGCGUCGGAUGCCACAUUCCCCGACGCCCUCGACCACUGGCGGCAGCUGAACCUUGCCCCGUCCUUCCUCGCGUUCGCGAAGCGGGUCGCCCCCCUCGCGGCGUCGCUUCCCCUGCUUGUGCAUAAUGCGGACGAAGUGGUUGAUGCGUGGCUGGAAUAUGUGAAAGAGACGGACGAUGAGGGCCAUCGGGUCCUUUUAGCGCUGCUUCCCCCCCUCCUCACUGAUUUGCGGACGACCGUCGCGGGGAAGUAUGAACUCCUGCUGGAUGCAACACUCGGACUUCUUCCACUUCGCCCAUCUAAGGAUACCCUCAUCAAUCUGCUCGCCGCGCUUACGAGCCUCUUCCGCAUACUUCUUGCCCCCGAAGGGCUUCAAGCAACCCAUGAGCGUGUUGUCGCUGCUGCGAAGGCAGCCCCGCCAGAACUGCAACGAGCACUCGGAGAAGCAUGGGCCUCUGUGCUCAGAAGAAAAGACAUGCAGGCUGCCCCGGCGCUGCUAGCCGCCGCAGAGGACGAGAUUGAUCUCUUCGCGGCAUGGGCGCUUGUCAGCGCGUGCAAGAACGUCGCUCAAUCUCUACAUACCGCAACCCCACGUCUACUCGCUGCAGUCGUGGACGUGCAUGUUGCUGGAUCAGGAUGCCUCCGCCUCCUCCGCCGCACGUUCACUGCGCUUGCGCACCAUGUCGCACGCGCAGAUGCAUACGCCGCCGUCGCU